CCCUCAGUCUUCAUUUCCUCACUCUUCCAAAUUUCCAAUGGCUACUCUCAAUUUCUCCAUCCUCUCUAAAACCCUAACCCCCAAAUCCCCAACCCCAAAACCCUCUUCCUUAAUAACCUCCAAUCUCCCUUUUACCAACUCCCAAUCCUUCAAACCCAUUUUAACCCGACCCGUUUCCAAUUCGAACCGGGUUCGGACCCACCAAACACGGGCUGCAGUCGAUGGGGAUUACUCGUCCAGAAGGAGCAGCAGUAGUGAGCCCAGAGAGACCAUUAUGUUACCCGGUUGUGAUUAUAAUCAUUGGUUGAUUGUCAUGGAGUUUCCUAAAGACCCGGCUCCGACCCGGGAACAGAUGAUUGAUACUUAUUUGAAUACUCUUGCUACUGUUCUUGGAAGCAUGGAAGAAGCAAAGAAGAACAUGUAUGCUUUUAGCACUACCACAUACACAGGAUUCCAGUGCACGGUAGAUGAAGAAACAUCUGAAAAAUUCAAGGGAUUACCUGGAGUGCUUUGGGUUCUGCCUGAUUCUUACAUAGACGUGAAGAACAAAGACUACGGAGGUGAUAAGUAUGUGAACGGGGAAAUAAUUCCUUGCCAGUAUCCUACCUAUCAACCAAAACCGAAAAAGCAAUCUAAAUACGAGAGUAAAAGGUAUGUAAGACAGAGAGACGGGCCGCCUGCCGAGCAGAAAAGACCUAAACAAGAGGCCACUUCUUCUGAGUGAAUCACCCUCAACAUGACAUCUCAUGGAUGGCAACCGUUAGCUUGAAACGAAAGAGGGUUUGUGAGGAUUUCCGUUCUAGUUAUCUGCAAAUGGAAGGGGUGAAAAAUGGAGUUGAAUUCAGUUGUUAAUUUAGUGCUAGCUAGAACUGUUUUUAUUCGGUCGGUCUGCUAGAGUAUAUGUAUUAUUUUUCUUGAAUUACCCCGGUUAAUUAUAUGGAAGUUUCAGAAGAUGGUGUUCUGAACGGGAUUUUGAAAGUAUACAUGGCGUGUUCUGCGAUU